CAGCGAAUGAAUCGGCCUCCACAGACGAAAGUGACAAUGCAGGACUCAUCCACAAAGACUGUGUAGUUAUGAAUAGGUUUGGCUAGCAAUGGCGGAAGCCGAACCAGAAGGUCGCACACGCACUCGUUGUCCAUUUGCUUCAACCACUUGCAGCACUCUUGUUGCGCAAAUGUCUCUGCUCUGUGUCGAUGAUGGUGGUGGUGGUGAUGGCGGCGGUGCCGGCGGCGGUGACGAUCGUGGCUGUUGUCGUCGUUGUUGUGGUGGUCGCCGUCAUGAUCAUGGUCGUGAUCGUGGUCAUGGUGAUCACGGUCAUGGUUACGGUCAUGGUCAUGGUCAUGGUCACGGUCAUGAUCACGGUCAUGGUCAUGGUCAUCAUGAUCGUGGUCAUCGUCAUCGUCAUGAUCGUGGUCAUCGUCAUCGUCGUGAUCGUGGUCAUGGUCAUCAUCAUCAUCGUGGUCAUCGUCAUGGUCGUGGUCGUGGUCACGGUCGUGGUCAUGGUCAUGGUCGUGAUGGUUAUGGUCAGGAGGUGGGGGAGCGAUGGGAGGAGGAGGAGGGGUAAUGGGUGCAGGUGGUGGGACUGUGUUCAUUGGGAGAUGGGAGCAGGCGUAGUUAGCCAGGGCGUAUUGGGAAGCGCAUAGUGGACGUGGUGGUGGGAUCUGAAUGACUCUCUGGCCUCGUGUGAGAGAGGAGAGAGCGAGAGCCAGAGUAGCUGCAAGAAAAAGUGUAUCCAUGGAGAGAGUGUGCAUGUGUGUGUG